ACCUUCACCACCUUCACUCUCACUGUCUAUAGUCUUACUGCACGCAAUUAACUUAUUUGUUUACCCACACUCUGUGCAUUGUUGUCUCGCUUACCUAGGUCACAAACACAUUCUUGAAGAAGCAGCUUUCCAAAACGUAUUAUCGGGUACCUGAAAGAUUCGAUAUAGACUAUAGCGGAUUAGACUACGAGUUGGCCCACGACGCAAUGGCCAGUUCUCACACUGCAUUCUUCUACGGCACGCUCAUGGCCCCGCCUGUCCUCCAUCGUGUGAUAUGGGGCCAGUCCACUCCGCCCACCCCCGCCCACGCGUCUCUCCUGCACAUCCGCCCCGCCAUCUUGCACGCCCACCAGCGCCGCCAGGUCCGCCACGCAGACUACCCUGCCGUGCUUCCAUCCUCACCGUCCUCCUCCGUCCGCGGCACACUCGUGACGGGCCUCACAGACGGCGACAUCUGGCGGCUCGAUAUAUUUGAGGGCGACAUGUACGAACGGCGGAAAGUGCGCGUGCGCGUGCUUGAGCAAAAGGAUAGCAAGGCCGACGAAGGCGAGGGUGGCAUGGGCGACCUCACUGCAAAAGAAGAGGACAACGUUGAGGGCGAUGAGGUUGAGGCGGAGACGUACAUCUGGGUCGCGCCGGCAUCGCAUCUGGAGGACGAGGAGUGGGACUUUCGCGAGUUUGUGCGGGACAAGAUGAAGCGGUGGGUUGGGCGCGAGGCGGCUGAGAUGGACGAGGGGUUUCAGGAUGUCGACGAUGCGGUUGCCGCGGGCAAGGAUCCUACAGGCGGGAGGGGCGCGAAUGGGAGCAUUACGAGGCAGUUGGAGAAGGGGGGGAAGACGGAGGAGGCGCUGGGUGCGGCAGUCUAGGAAUUUGGUGUGAGACAGCAUCCGCGCUAUGGGGGAACGAAGAUAUGGAUAUACCCUUGUACAUACAACUUUUUGUGGUGCAUGCAAAGAGUACGAUUAGUAGCUUCAAAGGUUUCAUUGACAAUGGAUGGCAAGCGCUUGCCAUACUAAUGUAAGGCCGGCGAAUCCUUAUAGCUGGG